AAGUAUGAAAUAUUAUCUCUAUUAAACGAAAUGUACAUAUACAUAAUAAUGCGCAAUAGAUCAUCAUCCUAAUAUCCUGUUCGUGAAAUACAGGUAUAAAAUAGAAAUCUGGUCUGGUUUCGAACAUAGCCUAGUAGAUGUUCAAAAUGAAUACGAACAAUUAAUUAAUCGAUCGAGUGCACUGAAUCAUUAAUUCGGUAUCAUGGAAAGUUUCAAUAAACAUACGUAUGCAGUGUAUUACUGGACCGUAAGUACGGUAUUAUCAAGAGAAAAGAAAACAAAGAAAGAGAAAAACGUUUAAUACGAUAUUACUAAAGGAAAGAGGAAAAUAUCCAGGGCACGCGAAUUCUUCUUUUAAGGUAAUUUAAAGUUCAGCAGUUCAGAAUCUUAUUGCGGUAAACCGCUGUCUUUUUUUUUUUUCUCAUUUUUCAGUAGUAUUAAUUAUCGUUUGCGCUAUAAUUUUAUUAUCGCGUGCUCCUUUCGCGCUUCCUCUGUUCCCAUAAUGGUAAACCCUAUAGAAAUACGAUGUAGUUUACAAAACUGUGAUGGAACCUUCUGUCAAUCACAUGUAUAUAUAUUGUCAAUAUCUUUUUAAAUAUUUUAGAGGUACAGUCCGAACGUAAUGUACCCCAAGCUAGAAUCAUAACACCGAAGAAAUCUCUUGUAGCGCCCCCUUUGUGUUCUCUUAGAAUUAAAUGCAUUUCAAAAUUCGCGCCCAUUUUCGAUACUUCGAUAGUCAUAUGAAGUGUAACAGUACACUAAAUAUAGCGCAGUCCCGUCACAUGGCCCUUGGACAAAGUUUAUUCGUAUGAAAUCUCAAAAUCUACAAAUUUGAAAUGAACAAAUUCUAAACUGGUGAGUUUCCAAAUUUUUGACGAUAAAUCAUUACUAUUUUAAUAAUCACAAUUUUCCCGUUUCUACGAUCUGUCCAGAGCCACUCAGCGAGACUUCACUGUAAUAAUUGUUAACAAUAGAUGAUAGUAGUAAAUACUAAAUAAAUCAAAAUAUUUGCAAUUAUUUAAUAUCGGAGGUCGAUCUGUUUCGCUUAUAGUUGAAUUGUGUAAGUAAACCUUUAUCAUUAAGUUUUGGCGCCAAAGCAGUAUACGUUUCAAAUGCAUAAGAAUGAAAUCGAAAAACUUUAAUUUACAUACAAUCAAGUAUUCUCGAUUUCGUUCGAAUAUCGUUCAUAUAAUAAGGUUAUUACCCUGAUAUAUUCGCGUAGUUAAAACCAAAAUUAACAAUCGAUGAAACAAAAUCGAUAUUUUAAUUCACUUCGAGUACGUCUACAACUGUGCUUCUUCGAUGAUAAGCAAUCAUUGAUCUUUCGUAAAUAGCACCAUUUCUAUAGCAAUCAUUCUCUCCGAAUAUAAUUUCAUAUGCAUAUUUAUUAGAAGUCGAUCUGGAAAUUUCUAUAUACAUCAUACAAGUAAGGAACAAAUCUUUUCAUUUUAACUUUAAGAGGUUAUCGUAUAUAGUAUAUUAUACGUAAUUUCUACAGAGAAACUACAUAAUUUCAGAUAAAAUUAACAGAAUAAUAUAGAAUAACAAAUAGAAAAAAUCUGUUCCUCGUUUCAAGAUAUCAAUUAAAAAUUUCCAGAUCGGACAUGACAUCUGCUGUAAUGACAACGCGUGAUAUGCUACGAUAUAAUAGAAAGUCGUACGCAACAUUGAACCUCGUGUUAUUACCGCGAUAAUUACAUAUUUCUCGUUGGAUGGAAGGGGAAUAAAUAUGCGCGAAGAACAAUUUUUUUUUCGUUUUAAAUAUUCACUAUAUAGAUGUGGGAUUAUUAGACCUUAUAUAUGGUGUGUGCAUUAUGUACGUCUUUUUCCAUACGCAUGUGUUACAUGUAUGCACUGGUAUGCAGGUAUGUGUCUGUGUGUACGUAUAUGUCACAGUAAAAGUUCACGAGUAAGAAAAUUUUAACUUUUACCUGUAGAAACAUUUUUGGAUCUGAUUUAUUAAAAAUAUAAAAUAGAUUCAAUACUGAAAAGUAUUUUAUUUCAUGUAACUGAAUGUUUGCAAAAAUAAUAAGGGAAGUGCUAUCAAGUUUCACUGUGACACAUACACGUAACAUAUAUACAUAUCUAAGCUAUGUCGAACACAGCCUUCUCUAGAUGCAGCAUUAAAAUCCAACAGCGUUUUGUUCAUAUUCUGCCUUGUGUAUCUGCUGUGGAAUUAUGAAUAGGAAACGUUGAGUUAAUUUAUCUACGAUAGACACGUGCAAGUCGAAUGAAUUUCCUUCGUCGAUAUCGUUCGUUCGAUACAACAUAAACGUUUCGAUUGGAAAUUACAAUUAUCGAGGAAGACUAUGUUGACAUUAAGAAUGUUGCAGAUGAUACGGAUAUGGUGUUUGCUUGUGUCAGUGGUAAAUUUGACAUUGGCCCUAGAUAAUGGUCUCGUGAAAACACCACCAAUGGGGUGGCUUGCUUGGGAACGAUUUAGGUGUAACACAGACUGCAAAAAUGAUCCUGACAAUUGCAUCAGUGAUAGACUGUUUCGCACAAUGGCAGACAUUAUUGUGGCAGAAGGAUAUGCUGCAGUUGGAUAUGAAUAUAUUAAUGUUGACGACUGUUGGUUGGAAAAAGAUAGAGACAUUCAUGGUCAAUUAGUUCCUGACAGACAAAGAUUUCCCUAUGGCAUGAAAAGUCUUGCAAAUUAUAUUCAUUCGAAAGGUCUUAAGUUUGGUAUUUAUGAGGAUUUUGGUAAUUACACAUGUGCUGGUUAUCCUGGAAUAUUAGGAUACUUAGAAACAGAUGCACUUACAUUUGCAUCUUGGGAUGUUGAUUAUGUAAAAUUAGAUGGAUGCUACUCACAUCCUUCUGAAAUGGAUAGAGGAUAUCCUGAAUUUGGAUUUUAUUUAAAUCAAACUGGUCGGCCUAUGGUGUAUUCUUGUAGUUGGCCAGUUUAUCAAGUUUAUGCUGGUAUGCAGCCAAACUAUACUGCCAUAACAGAACACUGUAAUUUAUGGAGAAAUUUCGAUGAUAUACAAGACUCAUGGAAUAGUUUAGAAACUAUCAUAGAUUAUUAUGGAAACAAUCAAGAUGUGAUUGUUCCAAAUGCUGGACCAGGUCAUUGGAAUGAUCCAGAUAUGUUGAUCAUCGGUAAUUUUGGUUUAAGUUAUGAACAAAGCAAAACACAAAUGGCAUUGUGGGCUAUAUUAGCUGCACCUUUAUUAAUGUCCGUUGAUCUACGAACAAUUAGGCCUGAAUAUAAAGCUAUUUUACAAAACAAAAAAAUCAUUGCCGUGGAUCAAGAUCCGUUAGGUAUACAGGGUCGACGUAUUUACAAACAUAAAGGUAUCGAAAUAUGGGCAAGGCCAAUAACUCCUGUCUAUCAGAAUUAUUUCUCUUAUGCCAUAGCAUUUGUCAAUAGAAGAACAGAUGGUACACCUUCUGAUGUGUCUGUUACACUGAAGGAACUUGGGUUACAAUAUCCUGGUGGAUACAGUGUAGAGGAUUUGUACGAAGACGUGAAUUAUGGUGUUUUAACACCACAGACAAAAAUUAAGGUAAAGGUAAAUCCGUCCGGUGUUGUGAUAUUGCGAUGUGACUUACAUUUAGAUGAUAUUUUUGAAAAUAAUCAAUUUUCACAAUUUACACCGUCGAAUCAGGUGUUCAAAGUCAGACAAAAUACAUUUAAAUAAUAUGAAUAAAAUAUUAACG